CCAAUGUCUCUCACCUGUGCCUGGUUGGCCAUGACUGCUGUUACUGGUGGGGCCUUUCCCAUCACAUUGGUGAGCCAUGUUAAGAGAGGCACCAUGCAGAGGAGAAGCGGGCCCAUCACAUCUGCUCACGUCUUGCAAAGAAACCAAAGAGCAGCAUGCCGGGACCCUUGCUCUGGGCCCACCUUUGCAGGUGCACAAGCACUGGUGUGCCCCCCAGGAGAAGCCACUGCCACUCCCUCCGCUUCCUCUGCAACCACACCCAAGGCUGCAUGGGAUGCUGGGCUCCCAGGGGGUCCUUCUGCUGCCAAAUGGGCAAUUUGCAACCACUGUGGGUUUUAUUUUAGAAGGGAUUUGUUUUCAAGCCACUGAAAUUAUUAAAUUUUAAUUGCUUGUUCGUGUGCGUGGAAGCGGAGGGAGUGCAGGGUGCAAAAGCAGACGGUGGCGAAGAACUGAGCUGAUGGGAGAGGAACAACAGGGGGCACCAGAGACUCGGCUGUCCUAAAGAGGAGGUGGUAAAUGAAGCACUUUUGGGGAACAAGAGUUCAUUGCUGUGCUUCAGCGCUCCUGAGCUGUCAGCAGCAGACUCCUGGGCAGCUGUGCCCAGCACAGCAUCACCCCACUCAGCAUCACCCUGCAGCACCCACAGCCCUGGCAUCACCUGGGACACUGUGACCUGCCCGAGGACCCAGCCUGAGGACGGCCCCGCAAGAAGCAGAGACUGCCCACCAUGGAGAACUGCACUGAAAUCAGCAGCACGUUGCGGGAUGCUGUUGUACUAUUUCAGCUGAUCGUCUAUGUCCCAGUCUUUGUUUUUGGGGUCCUGCUGAACACCAUCGCCUUCUGGAUCUUCUGCUGCAAACUCAAGAGAUGGACUGAGACCCGGGUGUACAUGAUCAACCUCAUGGUUGCAGACUGUUCCCUGCUCUUUGCCCUGCCCUUCCUGAUAUAUUUUACCAAGAACAAACAUCCCAUAGACAAGAUGUGUUUUGCCAUACAGAUGAUAUAUUUUACAAACAGUCCCAUGAGCAUCUUCAUCAUCAUGCUGAUAGCCAUCGAUCGAUACAUUGCAAUCAAGUUCCCUCUAAAAGCAAAAACUCUGAGAUCCCCACUGAAAUCAGCCUGUAUCUGUGGGUUUUUUUGGAUAAUGCAGAUAGGUUAUUCCUACUUCAACCCAACAUUUGGAAAAGACAGGGAACAAUUUUGCUUUCAGAAACAUUCUACUCAGCCUACAUAUUUAACACUAUUCCCCAUUUUCUUUCGUUAUUUUAUUCCCCUAGGGAUUAUAAUUUUUUGUUCGAUACAAGUCAUCAGAUGUCUCAAAAAGAAGAUGGCCAGCAGCCUCCAUGAGACAAAGUUGAUCCAGAAAGCAGUUCACAUUAUUUCUGUGAAUCUGUGUGUGUUCGUCGUAUGUUUUUCACCGCUCUACCUUGCACUAUUCCUGCGGCUCAUCGUGGAGGUUGCUGGAGCUUGUCACCUGCUCUCAAAAGUUAGAGUUUCUAUUCAGAUCUUUUCAUGCUUAGCAAAUUCCAACUGCUGUCUUGAUGCAUUUUGCUAUUACUUUGCAGCCAAGGAAUGUCAGGAAUUUUCCUCUCUGCUCCCCACUUGUAUAUCAAUGAGGUUUAAGAUGAACCAAAGCCAACAGUCACAGCAACCCACAGAUCAAGUCAUGACAUAAAAAAAGGAUAGUGCAUUAUAGAUGUUAAGUCCAAAAUGCUAUGGAAGUUCUGAGGCAGAGGGAAUGGGACCACUUGCAGUAUUUGCAAUUGCUCUGGGUAUGGGCAUUUCCGUAGAAAUUUUGCCCCACUGCCCUCACACUUGAAUGCAGCUCAGAUUAUUGCCUUCGACAGUUGAAUCGGAGGUUCAUGUGUCUCCUCCUCGAGAGGGAGAUCCACAUGUUACAGAGAAGAGCUUAUAAGGCCAGUGUUUUGACCACACUCUUAGUUGUAAAUAUCAUGCAGCUUAACAUAAGAAACUUAGCACUGUUACAGCAAUGCAUAAAGCGACUUCUACUAUUGUAAUUUCUGGUCAUUAAAAAAAUGGAAAAAGC